UAAAUAACCAAAACCUUGAUUACAGCCAUGGGGUGGGGGUGGGGGACGUCUGGCUAUUGCUGGGGAAGUCAUUUGGUUUUUCUCCUCCUCUCCUAUUUUUUUGGUACAGACAGGGUCUCUCUUUGUUGCCCAGGCUGGUCUCCAACUCCUGGGCUCAAGCAAUCCUCCUGCCUCGGCCUCCCAAACUGGUGGGGUUACAGGCGUGAGCCACCGCGCCUGCCCUGUUUUCUUUCUUUUUCUUUUUCUUUUUUUUUUUUGGCGAUGGAGUCGUGCUCGCCCAGGGUGGAGUGCAGUGGCCUGAUCUCGGCUCACUUCAACCUCCACCUCCAGGGUUCAAGCAGUUUUCCCGCCUAAGCCUCCGGAGUAGCUGGGAUUACAGGCGCACGCCACCAUGCCCAGGUUAAUUUUUGUAUUUUUGACAGGGGUUUCACCAUGUUGGCCCGGCUGGUCUCAAACUCCUGUUUUCAGGUGAUCUGCCCACCUCUGCCUCCCAAAGUGCUGGGAUUACGGGUGUGAGCCACCGUGCCUGGCCGGUAUUUUCUGGCUUUUUUUUUUUUUUUUUUGACAGAGUCUCACUCAGUCGCCCAGAGUGGAGUGCAGUGACGAGAUCUCGGCAGCUCACUGUGUUAUAUGUAAAUUUUCUGUGCCGCCAAAGAAGUAGAACUCGAAUAUAAAUUUUUCUCAGCUAGAUAAUUUACUUCUGUAGAAGGGGACAUCUCACAGAUGGAGCAAUGGCGAGCGCUUGGACAAGGUAGGAGAAGGGGUUCUUAUUCCUGACGCGGGUAGCCCCUACUGCUGUGUGGUUCCCCUAUUGGCUAGGGUUAGAAUGCACAGUCUAAACUAGUGCCCAUUGGCUAUUUUAAAGGGAGCAGGAGUAUGGGCCAGAGUGGCGGGGUGAGUGGUUUGGCGGGAAAAAUGGUUAUGGGACAGGUAACUAAAGGUGACUCAGGUCAAAGCAGGAGGCCGGGAUUAGUCAGGACGGAGCAGGUGACCAGGGCAACAGAUGUCAACUACUGACUAGAACUGGUGGAAAAGGUCGUUUACUGAAACUGCGAGGAAGUUAGACUUUAAAAUGCAGGACAAAGACUGAACAUACUGACAUACUGAUUCUUUGAAGGGAAGUUUAGAACUCAUUGUAUCUAACAUUCAGGCUUAAAAUAGUUUCCAAUCCAGUGGGAAAAGUCACUCCAUAUAUUCCGUGAAGUCAACCAGUUCCAUCAAGGAGAGAGUCAGGGCCGCUGGGAGCGCGUGGACCGUGGGCUCCGGGGCGGCGCCUGCCCGGGCACCCCGGCCCCGUCCACGCCCCGCAAGAGGAGCUCGCUGGCCCCGCCACGCGGGAAGGGGCCGCCCCGGGGUCUUGGGCGGGAGGGCCAUGCGGGCUGCGGAGACACCGAGGAGGGGAGGCGCCUCUCCUGAGCUCUUGGCGCAGCGACCCCAGGGCGCCGACUCAUCGCGGAAGGGCUCGGCUUGCCCGGGCGCCGGUGCUGCCUCGGGUGAGGUUCCCGCGAGACUCUUCUCUGCGUCCUGGACUCACCGCAGGGCGCCCCGCCGCACGGAUCGAGAACCUUGGGGCUCCUUGGACACCUGCCACCCGUUGCCGCCAAGGCCGGAACUCCUCGGAGCCCCUAGCAACGGCGCCCACGCGGUUGCGGCGCGGGGCUGACGUUACCUCGGGUUCGCCUACGUCCCUCGGGAAUUUUGUCCCGGCGUGGCUCCCGUAGCCAGAUGCUUCGCCGCUCCCGCCCCGCUGGCUCCCAAAGACUGUUCGGCAGUCGCGGCGCCGUCGCUAUGGCGUCACUGUCCUCGGGGCCAAUCCAAGGGCUGCGCGCGUGUCCCUUACGCGCUCCUCUCGCCGGGAGGAAGGGGUGUGUGUGGCGCCUGCGCAGUGGCGGUGACCACCGGCUCGGGGCGCGUGGAGGCUGUUCCCAGCCGCGCGCGAGUCAGACUCGGGUGGGGGUCCCGGCGGCGGUAGCGGCGGCGGCGGUGCGAGCAUGUCGUGGCUCUUCGGCAUUAACAAGGGCCCCAAGGGGGAAGGCGCGGGGCCGCCGCCGCCUUUGCCGCCCGCGCAGCCCGGGGCCGAGGGCGGCGGGGACCGCGGCUUGGGAGACCGGCCGGCGCCCAAGGACAAAUGGAGCAACUUCGACCCCACCGGCCUGGAGCGCGCCGCCAAGGCGGCGCGCGAGCUGGAGCACUCGCGUUAUGCCAAGGACGCCCUGAAUCUGGCGCAGAUGCAGGAGCAGACGCUGCAGUUGGAGCAACAGUCCAAGCUCAAAGAGUAUGAGGCCGCCGUGGAGCAGCUCAAGAGCGAGCAGAUCCGGGCGCAGGCCGAGGAGAGGAGGAAGACCCUGAGCGAGGAGACCCGGCAGCACCAGGCCAGGGCCCAGUAUCAAGACAAGCUGGCCCGGCAGCGCUACGAGGACCAACUGAAGCAGCAGCAACUUCUCAAUGAGGAGAAUUUACGGAAGCAGGAGGAGUCCGUGCAGAAGCAGGAAGCCAUGCGGCGAGCCACCGUGGAGCGGGAGAUGGAGCUGCGGCACAAGAACGAGAUGCUGCGAGUGGAGGCCGAGGCCCGGGCGCGCGCCAAGGCCGAGCGGGAGAAUGCAGACAUCAUCCGCGAGCAGAUCCGCCUGAAGGCGGCCGAGCACCGUCAGACCGUCUUGGAGUCCAUCAGGACGGCUGGCACCUUGUUUGGGGAAGGAUUCCGUGCCUUUGUGACAGACUGGGACAAAGUGACAGCCACGGUGGCUGGGCUGACGCUGCUGGCUGUCGGGGUCUACUCAGCCAAGAAUGCCACGCUUGUCGCCGGCCGCUUCAUCGAGGCUCGGCUGGGGAAGCCGUCCCUAGUGAGGGAGACGUCCCGCAUCACGGUGCUGGAGGCGCUGCGGCACCCCAUCCAGGUCAGCCGGCGGCUCCUCAGUCGACCCCAGGACGCGCUGGAGGGUGUUGUGCUGAGUCCCAGCCUGGAAGCACGGGUGCGCGACAUCGCCAUAGCAACGAGGAACACCAAGAAGAACCGCAGCCUGUACAGGAACAUCCUGAUGUACGGGCCACCAGGCACCGGGAAGACGCUGUUUGCCAAGAAACUCGCCCUGCACUCAGGCAUGGACUACGCCAUCAUGACAGGCGGGGACGUGGCCCCCAUGGGGCGGGAAGGUGUGACCGCCAUGCACAAGCUCUUUGACUGGGCCAAUACCAGCCGGCGCGGCCUGCUGCUCUUCGUGGAUGAAGCGGAUGCCUUCCUUCGGAAGCGAGCCACCGAGAAGAUAAGCGAGGACCUCAGGGCCACACUGAACGCCUUCCUGUACCGCACGGGCCAGCACAGCAACAAGUUCAUGCUGGUCCUGGCCAGCAACCAACCAGAGCAGUUCGACUGGGCCAUCAAUGACCGCAUCAAUGAGAUGGUCCACUUCGACCUGCCAGGGCAGGAGGAGCGGGAGCGCCUGGUGAGAAUGUAUUUUGACGAGUAUGUUCUUAAGCCGGCCACAGAAGGAAAGCAGCGCCUGAAGCUGGCCCAGUUUGACUACGGGAGGAAGUGCUCAGAGGUCGCUCGGCUGACGGAGGGCAUGUCGGGCCGGGAGAUAGCGCAGCUCGCCGUGUCCUGGCAGGCCACGGCGUAUGCCUCCGAGGACGGGGUCCUGACCGAGGCCAUGAUGGACACCCGCGUGCAAGAUGCUGUCCAGCAGCACCAGCAGAAGAUGUGCUGGCUGAAGGCGGAAGGGCCUGGGCGUGGGGACGAGCCCUUCCCAUCCUGAGUCCAAGGCGAGACCCGCACCUCAUGGAGCCUGGCCGCGGACUCCUCCUACCCCUGCCUUGCCGGCCCCUGCACAUUGAGGAUAUGCUCCUGGGUGGGGACUGGGCUGUGCCCAGGGCCUCUGUGCACCAGGAUGUCUUGUGGUGGGGGUCAGCCGUUCUGCCCCUCAGGACACCCCGUUGUAGGCACUGACUAGGGAGGGGCAGGCCUCCUUCCUGCCCCUCGAGACACUCUUGGGAGAUGCAUUUUCCGUCUGGCUCACAGUGGGAGGGUGAGGCUUUGCACCCCAGCCCCUCCACAGGCCACUGGGAGGGUGGAUGCUGGCUGAGCCCCCGGGGCAGCAGGAGCCAGGCAGGUGAUGUCUUUGUUCUCGGCUCCCAUAGCAGAGCCAGGUGAGGGGGCGCCUGCUAGGACCAGACCCAGGUGGGGCAGCCUGAACCCUGCUUCCCCCUGUGGCCGGCAUGCCCCGACCUUUCACACACUGGUGACCCUGAGAAACCCCAGGCUGUGGCUGGGAGGAGGGAAAAGGGAACCUGGCGGGGGUGUCUGAGGCCACACUGUCAGUUGGCCGGUCCAAGCGUGUGGCUGGAGCUGGGGUCUGUUUACCUAAUAAAGUCCCACAGGUGCCUCA